AAGACUGUAAGAUGGAUGAGUGAGAGAAGAAAAAAAACACAAAAACAAAGUCAUGUUUUCUUUUCUACUCAUAAAUCUUCACUGGUGCUCAUUAUUAAACAAAAUCUUAUAAUGAAAAUGCAUGUUACCGAGCACUAAAGGGAUACCAAACAUCUCAGUCAAUUCUCAAGACUGAACUAGCAAGCAUGCCACAGCAUUCUUCCACAACAAUGUUUCGCAGCAACUGCAUUGUCUUGAUCUCUCUUUUGAGCUCAUUUUUCCCACUUGGUAAAGCAAUGCUCAACCUCACCUUGCCUACUCCCCACCCCAAUCCCGAAGAAGUUGUUCAAGAACUUCACAGAAGAGUAAAUGCUUCAAUGUCAAGAAGGCAGACGCUACAAAUUUCUGAAAAGGACCAAUCUUCGUGCAUUACUGGCAACCCCAUAGACGACUGCUGGAAAUGUGACCCAGACUGGGCCAAUAACCGCCAGCGGCUAGCUGAUUGCGCCAUUGGGUUCGGCCAGUAUGCAAUGGGGGGCAAAAAUGGUGAAUACUAUAUUGUCACUGAUUCUUCGGAUGAUGAUGCUGUGACUCCAAAGCCAGGCACACUAAGAUAUGCUGUAAUACAGACUCAACCUCUGUGGAUAGUGUUCCCAAGCAACAUGCACAUAAAACUAUCUCAGGAACUCAUCUUUAAUAGCUACAAGACCCUUGACGGUCGCGGCGCCAAUGUCCACAUUACCGGCGGUGGCUGCAUUACACUGCAGUACAUCAGCAAUGUCAUCAUUCACAACAUUCAUGUUCACCACUGUGUGCAGUCAGGGGAGGCUAAUGUACGCUCGAGUCCAACGCAUUUCGGGUGGAGAACAAAGUCGGACGGUGAUGGGAUCUCCAUAUUCGGGUCCAAAGACUUAUGGAUUGAUCACUGUUCACUGUCUCACUGCAAGGACGGGCUGAUUGAUGCCGUGAUGGGUUCCACAGGCAUCACAAUAUCAAACAAUUAUUUUUCUCAUCACAAUGAAGUAAUGCUGCUUGGUCACAGUGAUGGCUACUUGCCGGACUCAGGAAUGCAAGUGACAAUAGCGUUUAAUCACUUUGGGGAGAAGCUUGUGCAGAGAAUGCCAAGAUGCAGAAGGGGAUACAUUCAUGUGGUGAACAAUGAUUAUACAGAGUGGGAAAUGUAUGCCAUUGGUGGUAGUGGAAAUCCCACCAUUAAUAGCCAAGGAAAUCGCUAUAAUGCACCUUCGAAUCCCAAUGCUAAGGAGGUGACAAAGAGAGUUGAUACAGCUGAGGGAGAAUGGAAGGGAUGGAAUUGGAGAUCAGAAGGAGACAUACUGGUGAAUGGUGCAUUUUUUGUGGCAUCAGGUGCCGGAGUUGAGGUGAAAUAUGAAAAAGCUUAUAGUGUGGAGCCUAAAUCAGCUGAUCUUAUCGUGCAGCUCACUUGGCAUGCUGGUGUUCUUGGUGUUGGUGGCAGGGACAACAACCUGGGAAUGUGGAGCAGAGGACCUGGUGAUGAAACCGAAUUCGGGUCAGGAAGCAGAAAGCAAAUGAUGCCUUUCUCAACUUCUGCUUUAAUUGCAUUGUCUUGCUUCUUAUUCUUGUAUUCUUCAACCUGGGAAAAGUUUAAUGUGAUCUGUUAGUUCUUGUAGACACAACUUUGGACAAUUUAAGCAAGAACUUCCUCAAGGUUUGAUCUGUUUCGCAAA